AGCAGAGUGAGCCCUCUUCAUUCGCUUUAUUUUCAAGGGAGCGCGCACGCGGCCAACAGACUUCCGCGACGCCGCUCGCUCGCGAGCCAAAGCGAGAGCACGAGAGGCAGGAGGGGGAUUUCCAGCUCGAGCCCCCACUUCCCGAACCAGCCGUUGUUUUGCUUUCGGUCUGGACACAGAAACAGAAAAAAAACGACGGCCUCGCUUUCCUUUUUCACUUAAAACCCUCAAAUAACUUCACGCGUGCAACUUGUGCUGCGCGUGUCAGUGUGACAGCAGGACUGUGAGGCUCCAGGCCGUCCAAACUGAACAGACACAAUGCCAGUAGAAAGAAUGAGGAUGCGGCCAUGGCUGGAGGAACAGAUCAACUCCUGCCAGAUACCAGGACUUAAAUGGGUCAACGAAGAAAAAAGAAUCUUCCAGAUCCCAUGGAUGCAUGCAGCGCGUCAUGGCUGGGACCUGGAGAAAGAUGCUCCGCUCUUCAUGAGAUGGGCCGUACACACUGGUAAAUACCAGCCAGGCAUAGACCGUCCAGAUCCAAAGACAUGGAAGGCUAAUUUCCGCUGUGCAAUGAACAGUUUGCCAGACAUCGAGGAGGUGAAGGAUAAAAGCAUCAAAAAGGGAACUAACGCCUUCAGAAUGUAUAGGAUGCUCUCCUCCUCAGAGAGAACCUUGAAGAAAGGAAAGAAGAAGACAGACAAGGAGGGAAGAGCCAAAGGAAAUAAAGAGGUAGCUUCUCCGUCUCGAAACAGGACUCUUCCUGACGCUCAUGCUGGACCUAUCGACUACACCAAACAGGAAUCGAUCAAACACGAUUGGGUCAAGCAGGAGCCACUAGAGCUCACAGUGACGGACAGUGCCUCAGCCAUUCACAGCUCCGUAGAUGGCCAUGUGAUCACCAGCGAGCAGCUGCCAUUCGUUUGUCAGACAAUCGAAGUGACCACUGAGAACGAAGAGCAGACCGUCAGCUCCUCUCACUCGUACCCGCUCCAAAUCUCUCCUGUGUCUUCAUGCUGCGGAAGCGACACAGACAGUGACACAGAGGACACCAAAGAGGGUGUCAGUGCAGUGUGGAGGCGGGGCUACAAACCAUCAGUUCUCAGGGUUCCCACAUGUUCUCUUCCCGGCAUGGCCACCUUCGUCAGUACAAGCAAGACCAACUUCAGGGUCACCAGCACGCGAGACCCAUCCCCGCUCAUCAGCUACCACACUGACGGCUGGACGCCGGCCUACAGCCAGAACUCUCUCGCGUCGGCCGCAACCGGCCACACCCAUGAGAUGCGUGCAAGUGUCAUUAUGAAAACCUCGGAUGUGACUUCCUCCUGACCUCUUACCCUAGAUGAGGGAGUAUCAUCACUGCUUCCAGGGCAUAGGAAUGACAGAGAUAGUUUGUUUCCUCCAUCAGGGCUGUGUGGAGCCAAAAGAGAUCGAGCUUCAAAACCUUUGAUUUUUUUGUAGCUUCCUGUCCGGGCGAUGAGUUCAAACUGCUGCUGACUGGUGUUAACUAAGUUCUCCAUGGCUUGACAGGCCCACUAAUUGGUCAGCACAUGUGCCCAAUUUAUUAUUGCUGCAUUUGUAUGGAUGUGAGGGUCUGUGUGAUGUAAAUGUCAUCAUCUUCCCAUGUCUGCGAGGGUUUGCGGACCAUCUGUGUGCAGCUUAGAAUUUAUGGAUACGUGGACAGCACACACCAACAAACAUGUAUGCAGACAUGUAGAAUAGGCAGAACCUCCUGCGUGUCGUCCUUGUCCCUUUUGGGUGACACCUGGUCUUUUAGACACCAUAAUCAUCCACGUGUCACUUGUAGAUUGUGCUAACACUUUAGCAUACAUUAUGCCUAAUGAAAAAAUUGCUUUUAGUUGUGAAAAUUUCUGAAUGUUUUUUAAAUUGCACAACCUGUAGAUAAAUACAUGUUUUAAUGAAUUAUCUUUGAGUUAGUAUUGCCUCACUGCUGGUUUGAAACUACAUCCACAUAUUCAUCCACUUUGUUGUGAUCUUUAGCUAAACAAUCAACUAAUAGUCCCUAAUAGUUGAUCACAGGAAGAUUUUUUUUUUCUUUGAAGGAAUACUUCACUCACAAAAUGCCCAUUUUUAUAUCAGAUACUCACCCCAUGUUACCUUGAAUCCCUGAAGAAAACUUCCUUUUUCUGGCACGCCUCCACGUCAGACUAAGAAUCCAAAAACAGAGAAAAGUCCUGAUGAACUGGAGUUAAAUGGGCCGGCUUUAAACAGCAAAACUAUAUCAAAACUAUCUCAACUCGUGCAGUAUAAUCCAAGUCUCAUUUAUCCAUCAUUUGCUCAGUACGUCCCAAACACAGGCAUUUUGGCUAAAACAUCUUGAGUAGCUGAGCAGCUUGCUUGGACUCCUGUGUGUGCUUAUUUGGAUUCUCUGUUCAACGCGAAGGCAUGCCAGAAAAACAAAGUUAUCUUCCACAAUCAAGGUAACACGGGGUGAGUAAUUGAUAUACAAAUGCUCCUUUUGCGUGUUAAGUAUUCUGUUAAGACUCCUCACCAUUAAGUAUUAGGACAGUGCCUGCUAUCUUAAAAUAGUCUAAGCUCAAGUGUAAGCGUGAAACAUGGCACGAAAUGUUUUACUGGCACACAUGAUGGAACAAAGGUGUUCAUAACAGAACAAUGAAUGCAGCAUUUCAUGGGGAAUUACAUCUCUGUUGGCGAACCAGCUUUACCGGCAGCAAGUUGCAAAAAGAAUCAAAGGCAUGUCGAUAUCUAGAUUAAGACUGACAAUCAUCAUGAAGCCCUGAUUGGCCACGCAGUGGCAAGCAGACGUGUGUGUAUCUGUCUGUCUGGAGACCUCAGGACAAUCUACCUGCCAACGUAAAGACAGAUGAACAGACAGAACUGACUGGCUGACAGACAGACUGACAGACUGUGAACAAUAUAUUCAUGUCUUCUGUUCUCUUCUGCCUCCUCCUGGUGUUAAUAAUGUACAUAGCUCAUAUGUAUGCAAGCUGCUUCAGCACCUUACGGACAGCACUAGUGUGUAUGUGUGUGUGUGUGUGUGUGUGUGUGUGUGUGUGUGUGUUUGUGUGAGAGAAAAAGCCUUAUUGAAGAUGUGUGCCUUUUGAUAGCGUGUGGCUGGAUUCAAACUAUCUGUGCUUUAGUCUGCUAGUGACUCAUGCAGGUAGCUUUCAGUUCAGUUAAUUUUGCACAUUUAAAGUGAAUGUCUUGCUAUGAUAAGAAGUAAUAGGGAAGUCUGGGCUUGAGAUACAUCCCAGAAGGCUGUGUCAUCAGCAGAGGCUGAGCUCUGUUGUUUAUAAGUCACACUUGUUUUUACAGUCUGGUCUCUUAGCUCCAAACUUCCUGUUUCCUAGGUGACUUUAGUACACAGAAGUCUUCCCUCUGUCUUCUCGUUGUGUCCACCUCUGCAUUCUCCCUGUCUUAGAGCACAGUAGCCACCAGCCUUAAUCCUGAUGUAUUUGCUGAAACUGUCACUCCAUCCACACAGUAGUACAUGAGACAGUCUUUAAAGAAAAUCAUGUUCCUCCUCUUCCUCAUAGUGCUUCUAAUGGCAUUUGCAAGAAUCCACUGCUGCUGAACGAAAACAACCAAUCGGAACUGAAGAGUCUCUUCAGCUGUGAAAUAAGAAGUUUGCUGCUUCAGUUUGGCUCGACUGUUUCUAACUUGGUGGCUCAGUCAGAGACGUUCUCAUUUCAUAGCUAAACAGUACACUAAAAUAUGUUUCUGAAAACAUUUGAGGGAGAAAUAGACAAUGUGGUAGCAGAAUCUUGAUUCAUGUUUGAUCAGUGCUGCCUAGAUUGACAGUUGAACUGGGGUUUAUGAGCAGCGGUUGACAUCUGCGCUACAUACUCCUCCUGUUUUGUUUCCAUUUGCUGUUUUCACUCACGUACGGUGGAUUCUUGCAAGUGCCUCUGGUGGUACUAUGAGGAGGAGGAAAUGAUCUGUCUCAGGCACUAUUGUGCGGAUGCAGUGACAGUUUCAGCAAAUAUGACAAAGUUUAUAGAAGUUACCAACUAUAGCUUGAAAUGGAAAUAUAUGCACUUGAUGAACUUUGGGAGCAAAUGGAAGAUAUUUUGUGUAUGUCCUUUUGACAAGGCAUUAUUAGAGCAAGGUCAGUGACUUCAAAAUUAUUUAGCCACAUGUAAUUUAUCCAAAAAAAGUCACCAGAAUAUGAAAUAUUCAUAUUAGGUCCCCUGAGAGUCCUCAGUUAUGAAAUAUGGUGAGUUUAUCCGAAAGCUACUUGUGUUAGCAACUAGCAGGCUAAAGCACAGUCCUCAUUCCCAGCCUGCCUUACGCAGAACUCCAGUGGGAACAGCUCGACAAGUUCCUGAAGGAAAGCAAAAAGGACAGACAGGAAUCUGCCAUGAUUUUUUUGAACCAAACCACUAGAGAGACUUACACUGGAUGCACAUUACCAUCAUGGUGAAUUUAUUUAAGAAACUCACUGAAUCAAGGGGGUUUGGUCUUACUUGAUAGCAGACGUGGAAUACGCAUUGCUUUACCAAAUGUUUCUUUUCAUGUGCCUUUUUAUUGUUAACUUGCAUCACAUACGUAAAGGUUGCUUCUGUUUCUGUGUGGUUCUACUUCAUAAUUGAUGGUAAGGCUACAACACACAGAUCAUACUCAAUGCAAUGCUAAUCACUUUGUCUACAGCUUUCACAAACACCUGCCUUUUUUAAAACCAUGAAUUUGUCCUUGUGGGCUUUUUUAUCCUGAGCAAUUUUAUCUUAGUGGUCACAUCCUCUCUCUCAGCUGGGAGUUGCACAACCCUGUAAUUGACCAAAUCAGAUGCUGUUAAUUGUUUGUGAGACUUAAAUGUGCCUAAUUACCAUGAGUGUUGCUUGACAUAUAAACAGCAUGAUCCGUAUUAGGCCUUUACAUCUGAUCAAAGGGAUGUCGCUGCAGCCAAGACUCAGCAGUGAAAGUUGAUGUCGAUGAGUUGUGUAAUGUUGUUGAAAAGUCAUCUAUAAUGAUCCAACCUGCUUUUGCUUUACGUGAUACAGAGCCACUGAAUCACCCUUCAGUUAAAACCAAGGUGUGUCUCAGCACAUACCAUAAAGGACAUUAUUACCUUUCAGCUCAAAGAAAAACAAAGGUAAUUGCUCAACUACUCGCAGUGCAGCAAAGAUGUUCUCACCGCAACAUGUCUCCACUGUUUAUUCUCUGUACAUUAUGAAAACUACAUGUGAAUCAACAUGUAAAUCUAAAUAAAGACUGUUUUUGUAUUUAUUCUGA